AUGUUCAAUGUCCCCAAGGCCGUCGCGGCCUCGCUACUGCUUCUCCACGGGGCUCGCGCAGACAUCUGCAGCACCCUUCCGAUCUCAGCCCCCGAUAUCGAGAUCGUCAAGCCUUUCACUGCGAAAUGGUCGGGGGAGCAGCUCGAAUACUGGAGCACCGGGUGCGGAAAACUCCACCCUUCUUGCAUUCUGUACCCCAAGAACGCGCAGGAGGUCGCCGCCAUCGUCGAGGCUCUCGGCGAGACCAAUGAGACGUUUGCCAUCAAGUCUGGCGGCCACAACCCGAACCUCUACUUUGCGAGCAUAGACGGUGGCCCGCUCAUCUCGACCGGCAGCCUGAACCAGGUCGAGCUUGAUACCGCCACCGAGACGGCCAAGCUGGGUCCGGGUAACCGCUGGGAUGAGGUGGCCAACAAACUUGAUGGCUCUGGCUACUCCAUUGUGGGUGGCCGUUUGGGCAACGUCGGAGUCGGAGGCUACAUGCUGGGAGGCGGCCUCAGCUUCAUGUCGACCGAAUACGGCUGGGCAGCAAACUCGGUCGAGUCCUUUGAGCUGGUGCUGGCCAACGCCACCAUCAUCAACGUGACGCGCGACAGCCACCCGUCCCUCUUCAAGUCCCUCAAGGGCGGCGGCAACGCGUACGGCAUCGUCACCAGCUUCACCGUCAAGGCCUACAAGCAGGGGACCGUGUGGGGCGGCAACUACUUCUUCAACGCGACGCCCGCCACCGACGCGGCGCUGCUCGAGGCCGUCGCCGACUUUGCCAUGCACUAUCCGGACCCCAAGGCCGGCAUCAUCCUGACGGCCGAGCGCACGGGGCUGGGCGCCGUCGACUUUUGGACCAUGUUUCUGUACUACAACGGCGAGCAGCCCCCCGCCGGCGUGUUCGACCGCUUCAAGGCCAUCAAGCCCUGGUCCGACACCACCAAGACGCGCACCUACGCGGAGCUGGUCGGCUUCAACAACUGGGCCGUGCUCAAGGGCAGCGUCUACACCAUCGGCACCGAGACCAUCCCCAUGCCGUCCCUGGGCGCGGCCAACUCGUCCACCGUCGCCGCCUCCACCCUGCAGGACGUGCACAGGAACUGGCGCGACGUCGGCACGCCCGCCCUGCUCAAGGUCGGCGGCCUCAUCGCCAGCACGGCGUACCAGCCCGUCCCGCGGUCCAUGGCGGCCGUGGCGAGGGCCAAGAGCGGCGACCUGCUGGACCUCGACGACGACGCCGACCUCAUCGUCAUGGAGUACAACUACAGCUGGCUGCUCGAGGGCGCCGAGCGCCGGGUCGUGGACCAGGCGCUGCAGGACACGUACAACGGCGUCAGGGAGCGCGUGGUCGCGGGCCAGGCCGCCGGGGAGCUGCCGGCCGAUGCGUACCUGCCCCUGUUUGCCAACGAUGCCUACUUUCGCCAGGACUACUUUGGCAGGCUCAGGCCGGAGAGCAGGGAGAUGGCGGCGGCGGCGAGGCAGGCUGUCGAUCCCGAGGGCUUCUUUGCGAGCAGGACGGGCGGUCUCAAGAUGUAAAUUCGGCUGACUGCAGUGUGAUUGGUUUUUGUAGGCGGAACUGGGAGAGCAGGCUGUGGUGGCAUUUCGGCUGCCUCUCUUUGGACUAUUGAGAUGUACUAUAAUAUAAUUUUUAAUGAUGUUGUCGAG